AAAUCUUCUCCAAUCGGCUUCCAAUGUCGAUAUCGGUUUACUAAACUGCUCAUUCACAGUACCGGAUCGGACCGGACCGGUUUGACAUUUAAGGCGACACCGUAUAAGAAGGAUCGGAGGGAGGGUGAUUUCCACCGAAAGAGAGAGAGAUGGAGGCAGAUAUAGUGGUGCCGUCGCGGUUGAGCUUCAAGAAGAUUCAGGCAUACGAAAAGUACCCAAAAGGACAAUCAAGCAGCAGAAGGUGGAAACACCUCAAGCAGAUUCUUCAAGCUGAGAAUUUCCAACCCGACCUCCCCACUUAUGUUAACAUUCAAUCGCCUCCUUCCACUCAACCAUGCAAGAGAAUUUGCGAUCUUACUGGAUAUGAGGCACCGUAUGUUGACCCUAGAACAAACCUCCGCUAUGCUAAUGCUCAUGUCUUCAAGACUCUCAGGUCGCUUUCUUCCGACCAAGUCCACCACUAUCUCUCCAUUCGCAAUGCUGCUCUUGUUCUCAAGUAGCUCCAUUUCCUCACAAUCUCUCUCUCUCUCUCUCUCAUCUUAUUACUUAUGGUCUGAUUUGCUGGGACAUGUAUGAGAUUGGAUUCCCUUAACGAACAGAGUUUUAUUUCACUCAACUUUUAAAAA